GUUCAUGCGGCUUGUCUCGCGAAUCAACUACAUCAUAAAUUAAUCGACACCUGGUGGAAUUUUCUUAUUCAUCGAAAGUGGUCUUGUGGGGGUAAUACAAAAAAUGGCAGACAACAAUUCAAAAGAAGAUACUGUCAUGAUCACUGAAGAUGAGGAAGAGAUCAACUACAGACCUCCUGCAGAACGAACUCUACAGGAAAUAAUAGAAGCUGAUCAUGAAGAUAAUAGUUUGAAAAAAUAUAAAGAAACCCUGCUUGGACAGGCUACCAAAGAACUUGUUGUUGUAGAUCCAAAAAAUCCAGGUAGAGUGCUUGUCAAUUCCCUUUCUCUUAUAGUUGAUGGUCGACCAAAUGCAACAUUGGAUCUUUCAGGUGACUUGGGGAAUUUAAAUAAAAGAAUAUUUAUUGUAAAAGAAGGAAUACAGUACAGGAUCCAAAUUGACUUUUACGUGCAGCGAGAAAUUGUGACUGGAUUAAAAUAUGUACAAAGGAUUAUGAGACAUGAUGUUCUGGUUGAAAAGACAUCGCAUAUGGUUGGUAGUUAUGGUCCAAAACUGGAGCUUCAGUCUUUUAUCACAAAACCUGAAGAGAUGCCAUCUGGGAUGCCAGCAAGAGGAAAAUACACAGUAAAGUCCCUUUUCACUGAUGAUGAUAAAAAUGAACAUCUAAAAUGGGAAUGGUGCUUUGAAAUUCGAAAAGAUUGGGAGUAAAUGACAGAAUUACACUAUCUUAAAUAAUUUUUAUAAAGUUGUAUAACCCAGGCUUAAACAUUGACAGCUAGAUUACGAAUGAACCCAUAGAAUGGUUUCAUUGUUUGGUAUUUCACUUUAUUUUUUAACUGCUCAUCAUUUAUAUGUCACAAAAGGGUGGCUUUUAAGUUUUUGCCUGAGUAUAUAUUUUUUAGCUGGAAAAUGAAUAUAUAUUUAUUUAUGAACAUUCCCAUUUCAAACGGGCUUGGUUCAAGUGAAAAAUGGGUAUAUUAUGAAACUUUAUUUGUCAUGCAAUUAAUAUAUAAAACAACAACAACAAAAGAUGCAGUACUCAUAUGGUAAGAAAUAUCUAAUUAAUGAAACUGUUUUAUGUUUAGUGGAAAUUACUUAUAGUUGCAUGGUGGUAACUCGAGUCAAUCUUUGAUUCAAAUGUUUGAGUUUAUAAAUAAUAUCAUAAAAAAUGAUUAAAAAACUUUUUUUUUUAAAGUACAUAUUUUUUAAAGUAAACUUAAUUUUCAACCAUCUAUAUUUUAUGUGUUGAGUAGUUUUUUUUUUAACCUUCAUAGAUAGUGUUUCAUUGUCAACAGUGAUUGGUAGUGAGCACAUUUGAUAUUAAUAUUCACUACACACACUAACUCAUGCACCUUCAAACAGGAAUUGCUAUCAUUAAUACUAUUGCUAUUUAGUUGUGCAUUUUUGAUGCUUUCUGUGUACUCAACUAUCAGCAGUGGUAUCCUUCAGAUGAGGGAUUAGAUAAAAGUUGUGAAAGUUAACUGAAGUGGAUAAUAUUCAGAAAGCAUUUCAACUCAGACAGGUGUCAGUAUGAUAUGCAAGCUGGACUUUCAUAUCUUAAAUAUUUAAAGGCAAUGGUAAAAGUCUUAAACACCUGGUUAUAAUGUUCAUAUUUUCAAUGGCAUUAAGAGUAUUUAACCAGUAAUAUGGUUAGUGUUACAUUAUCCUCACACAUAUCCAUGUUCUUAAUGAACCUCAGAUAUUGUUUUUCACAAGUAAACUUGAGAUAUAGAUGAAGUUACUAUAGUUCUGAAUGUGUUACCAUAAAAUACAUUUCCAUCAUGCACUGCUUCCUGCUAGAUUCAUUGGUUGUGGCAGUGAUAUUAAUUCAUUAUGUGUAUUUACAAUUAGCUUUGUUGCAUUGAACUAUUUGGAUGCAACUAUACCCUUAAUUUCCAAGUUUAGGGGUUUCUACUUUUUCCCUAUUGGUUUAUAGGAAGUUGAACCAAUGAAUUAUCUUAAUUUUCAUGGUAAAGUCUAAAAAUGAAGUUAUAGAUUUUGUAAAUAUUUUAUAAUUUGGUUGUUUUUUAUAACUACUGAUAGUAGUUUUAUGUUUACACAUUCCAUUCGUUACCAUAGUCAUUAAAGUAAAUUGUACAUUUGUAGCAUAUUAAUAUCAACUCAUAUUUUUUACAAAAUUUUUGCAAUAUUCUUUCUGUUGAUUUUAGAUUAAGUUUGACUUGUAGCUUUAGCUGACAGGUUAAAGUUAGCCUUUUCUUAUUGAGAAUGUUCAAUUAUAAUGUGGAAAGCUACUAUUACCUGUGUAAUGGUUUGGGUUCCAUUUUGUCAUCUCACAUAAUCUUUAGUACCUCAAAAUUGAUUUCAACAGUGAAAUGUGCCUAAAAAUCUUAAGAGUAUCCUUUACACAAUAUGAAAUUGUCUUUUUUUUUAUAUAUAUACCUGUUGCAAUGUAUGUGUUCGACAUUGUGGUAGCUUAAUAUUGAUAUUAGUGGUAUCACUUGCACAGGUAUUGCAAUAGACUGCAGUUGUAACUUUUCCCUUCAAACACCAUUGUAACUAGGUGUCAGUAGAUUGAAGCUUAAAAUAUUUUGAUUAUUACAAUAAAUUAAGCAAUUAUAUAUAUAUAUAUAUAUAUAUGUGUGUUUUAACUUAAAACCAGUUCUUUGCAUUAAAAUAAAUGUUUGCCUUUUUAGGAUGAUGUUAUCAAUAUCCCAUUUUAAUUUAAUGUAUUAUAAUCCAAGAAAAACUUUACUGUUCGUAAUACAGUACAUAUAAUUGCUUAAGUAAUGCAUGUUUUACAAUUUGUCUACAUGAAUUUUAGUGUUUUGAAUGAUCACCACAAUCACGUAAUAUUUUACAAUAGGUCUUACUGAAACUAUUUCAAUUUUCAAAAACUUUAUGUUCUUUCAUCAUAAUAUUAAAUUGCAUUUUUCUUUGUUCACAAUGUCAUGAAGAUCAUUAGAUCCAGGUAUUAUAACCAUUUAAAAUUUCACAGCGAAAAUAAUUCACUUAAAGCAUGUAAAACUAAAAGCAGUAUUGAAAUUAUGAACUUAAAUAUUUCAAAUUAACCAUAUAACGUUCAAUGUAUGAAUCUCACAUUUAAGUGCAGCUUGAUAUUCACUAGCAGAUUUUCAUAAUUUUCAGUGUUAUCUAUUUAUGCUAUGUAUCUAUCACUUGUACAAAGUUUUUAAACAUCUUGGAGGUAUUAAAUCAAUAAAAAAAAAAAUCUUCAUUAAUAUAUGUACUAGAAGUAAUCUUAACAUCAAUGUGAGUUUUUUCAUAGAAAUUGAUCAAGGUGUUCCAUAUGUAGCCUAGAGGCAUAGAAUCAACAUUUCACAUUUAGAAUGGUAGUUUAUGUGAGCAGAAAACAUGGAUUACCAUUUCUUAAGAUGCAGCUUCCUUGUGAGUAGAAACUUAACAGUAUUAACUCUAGUGUAGUUAUUCAGAGUAAUUAUUUUUUUCAAACCAAUUCAAGGGUUACAUAUUUAUUAACAUUUUUAGUUUAGAAAAAUGUCAGUAACUCCACACUUGUAUAAAUCGUAAAUCCACUUGCAAUUUGUAUGUUCACUGAAAGUCGUACCAAUGUACUGCUUAUAAACUAGCUGUGAAGUUUAUAUAUUCUGACAUGCAAA